AUGAUGAAUACUAAAGAGAAUGUGACAUUAUCACCACCCUCCACAUCAAUUUCUACAGUUGAAACAAAUAAUAGAUCCCGUCGUACAUCAUUGAAUCAAACUCGUCAUCAUAUUAAUUCUAUUUCUGCGCCAACACAAAAUACCAAUAAAGUUAAAAUAAAUAGAACCGAUACUAUUAUUAGCGAUGAAUUCUCGUCAUCAAACAGUAUGCCAUCAGCAGCAGCUCUUAGUGUAUCCUUCGCUAAUAAAGACGAAAAAAAACGUUUAACGGCUUAUGAAAAACUUCUACAUGAUUCACAAUAUGACAUGCGUUUUAAAGCAGAAGAAAAAGCUGGUCGUCGUAUUGGUUUUUAUCGUAUUCGAGGCGAUAUUGGUUUGGGAAAUUUUUCUCGUGUUAAACUUGGUGUACAUCUAUUAGCUAAAGAGAAAGUAGCAAUAAAAAUUCUGGACAAAACUAAACUUGAUGAACGUACUCAACGUUUACUUCUUCGUGAAAUAACUUCAAUGGAACGUUUACAUCAUCCAAAUAUUAUACGUUUAUAUGAAGUUAUUGAAACACCAACUGAAAUUUAUAUUGCUAACGAAUAUGCACCCGGUGGAGAGCUUUAUACACGUAUCAAUAAAGAAGGAAAAUUUAUUGAAGAUGAAGCUAGAACUAUAUUUGCUCAAAUAACUGCAGCUGUGGAUCAUGUGCAUAGAACAGGUAUUAUUCAUCGUGAUAUUAAAAGUGAAAAUGUAUUUUUUGCCAAAGAACGUUUAAUAAAAUUGGGUGAUUUUGGUUUUAGUACGUUUUCAGAAAAAAAUCAAACAUUAACAACAUUUUGUGGUAGUCCGCCUUAUGCAGCACCAGAAUUAUUUCGUGAUGAAAAUUAUAUUGGAAUAUAUGUAGACCUAUGGGCUAUGGGCAUUUUACUCUAUUUUAUGGUUACUGGUUUAAUGCCAUUUCGAGCAGACAAUGUUGGUAAAUUAAAAAAAUCUAUCCUCGAAGGGCAUUAUUCAAUACCAGCACAUGUAUCAGAUGAAUGUCGACAACUUAUUCGCGGCCUUCUUCAUCCUGAAGCUAUUCAACGUUGGUCAAUAGAACAGAUACGUGCAUGUUCAUGGCUUAGCAAUCAAAAUUUCCCUAAUGAACUUGAACCUCUACCAUUAAAUUUAACAAAUUUUUGGACAUCUGUAAAUAAAGAUUUAAGCCAAAGUCAAAGUAUAAAUAGUACACCUGACUCCAUACCAUCAACAUCAUCAUUUGAACAUGAAGCUCAUUCAAAAUUAGAAGAUUUGGGUAUAACAAGCGAAUUAUUACAAACAACGACGAAAAAUUCUAACAAUAAAUUUCUUUCCAAUCGUGAUAGUAUCAAUGGUACGUAUCGUAUUAUUUUACAUCGAUUACAAAAACAAUCCAAUCCAAUUGAACGUGAUGACUUUUAUGGUAAAACUAUUAAUGAAGAUUUAUCAACUUCAUGGGGUCGUUCAAUGUCAGUUAGUGGUGAACCCGGUGGAAGAAGAGAUUCAUUUGGAAAAGCAAAUAGUGUUUCCUGUGGAGAAACAAGUGCAAAACCCAAGCGAAGUGUAAAUAACACUCCUAAACGUCAAUCAGCAGAUAUAAAUGGCCAUGGUCCACAGUCGACGAAAGUUUGUAUGAUUUUAUGA